AUGAACGAUGUCCAAGGCAAUCGGAAUGGAAAUUUUCGUCCCAACCUCUCUCUCAGCCAGGUGGAGGACGGAUUUCAGCCAGCUGUACCCAACUCCACGUCGUUCUUUAGUAAUACGUACACGCCCACUCCGCAAGAGCUACACGCAAUCGGCGAAGCCAGCCAGGGAAUUCUUGUACAAACCCGCAACUUUGCAUACAAACAAGUCUCCGAACAGCUUUCGUUGGCCCAACAAGAAGUCUUCAGCCUAAAGCUCGAGCUGGGAGUCGAACGGAAACAUACGAGUGACCUACUGCAGAGGAUUCCCGAACUCCUCAUGCCCCCCGGUUGGACACCGCCACUUCCCGCACCCGGCAGCGAGCCUGAACUUGGUCUCUACCGCCUCCGCCCUUUGUUGGGCACGGGUAUGUCAUGGCCGCAACCCAAGGAACGCUCGGAGUGCGGUAAUAUACGGUUCUACACCCUCGACGAGUACAAAGCAGCAAAAUCCGAGGUGAAGGCGCAAAGUGGUUCCCAUCCGCGUAGCGAGAACAUCGGCCAGAUGUUCAUGGAGCUUCCCACUGGCGAUAUAGCGGACGGUUAUCGGGCGGCGAGCGCGCGUGAUCUUGCCUUUUCUUGCUUCCAUUCUCUCUUACUCGACGGGCAGCUGAAAAACGCGCACACCCUCCGUGCCAUUCCAGAGCAGGGCAAGUGCUGGCUGUACACCACGGUCGGGACUGCAUUUCAAGAGCUCACCCAGUGCAAUGAUGGGCGCUGGAAGCUGGAGGAAUUGUUGAAGGAGCCGUUUAAGGAUUUCUGCCAGAAGUACGUGGGUGUGGGCGAUGGCGCUGUUUUGAGGCAGCAGACUUCAAAAGGCUCUCGCAAGAAACGCGCUAGGACUAUUGAUGCGAUGGCCGAGGGACUCGAAACUAUCGAACAGAAGGAAGAAGAACAGGACGGUUCGAAUGUGAUCCCACCUGCCGCGACUAGUUCUUGUUCGACCUUGGCCGAAGGCGAUGCCCUCCAACAAUCUGCGUCGGACGAAGCGAUGCAGGUUGACGAGACUCCCCCACUCAUCAACCCAGCAGGGCAUACGGUACCUCCGGCACCCGUGUCAAAUAGACAGUCGACGUCCUUCGACCCAGUGCACAUCACGACUGGUGGGAAUGGCGAAGCUGGUGUGGGUGCCUCGAUUGGGCGUUCAUCUGAAGAUGUGGCGCCUAGUCGUUCGGCAGCUGCUACCGCGAGUGCAGGGUCAUCUGUUAGCGCCGUCGUGGACACUGCCGAGACUGGUGGCGAGACUACUUUGCAAUCCCGCGCCAGUGACCCUGCGCAUCAAGACGAGACCUCUGGAACCGCACAGGGCUCGAUGGGCGCGUCCCUGCAUCCCGGGCCCUCGGAGCAUGUACUCCCCGUUAGUGUGCGAGCACCCCGACGCCCGCCGCCGCCACCACCAGCUGCUUCGGACGUGUCCAAUACUGGUACAACUCCCGAUGGCAACACAGUCGCCGCCGCUGCGAAAUCAUCGAAGCAGUCGACCGGCGGGGGACGUGUUGCUACGACGCGACUCGCAGACAAGUUCGAGCGCAAGGCAAGUGAAAAGAGCGCAUUCGAAGAGCUUUUAUUGCACACCGAUCCAAAUAUCUCGAAUGCGGAGGCUGGCCGGAAGUGGCAGGCUGCCACAAUGGAGGAGAAGCAGAGGGCCAAAAAGUUCCAGAAGAAUCGUCCUGCUGUUCGCUGUGCGCCCGGGACUCUGAAUUGUGCUUGUCUUUCCGGUUCCGUACAGUAG